GAAUUAACCGGUAACAGCAUUUACGAGUAUAUCCACCCAGCUGAUCACGAUGAAAUGACGGCGUUACUCACCCUUCCACACGCUUAUCACACCCAUAUACUGCAAGAUAUUGAAAUUGAUCGUUCGUUUUUUCUAAGAAUGAAAUGUGUUUUAGCCAAGCGAAACGCAGGCUUGACCUCUGGUGGAUACAAAGUAAUUCAUUGUAGUGGCUACUUGAAAAUCAAGCAAUACACAAUGGAUAUUUCACCAUACGACGGAUGCUACCAAAAUGUCGGUCUGGUAGCUGUCGGCCAUUCACUGCCACCUAGCGCUGUAACAGAGAUUAAAAUGUUUAACAAUAUGUUUAUGUUCAGAGCCAGUUUAGACUUGAAGCUAAUAUUUCUAGAUGCCAGGGUGGCGCAACUGACGGGUUAUGAACCGCAAGAUCUGAUCGAGAAGACAUUAUACCAUUACAUACACGCCUGUGAUAUUCUCCAUAUGAGAUACUCCCACCAUACACUUCUUCUGAAAGGUCAGGUGACCACAAAAUACUACCGGUUCUUAGCCAAAGGAGGCGGCUGGGUAUGGAUGCAGAGUUAUGCCACAAUUGUACACAACAGUCGCUCUUCUCGGCCACACUGCAUAGUCAGCGUAAACUACGUGCUCAG